AUGGCAUCUCAUGGCAAGGUCCUCGAUCUGUUCGACGACCGCUACCUGGAAUUGCAGGACGUCAUUGGCAACGUUGAGCCGCUGCCCACACUCGUGCCUUAUGAGCAGUACAAGCAACACGCCAUCGUCUACCGCAUGGACACGAACCAUGACAUCUUCAUGGCGCUUCUGCAGGAAUUCACAGAGCGCAAGUCACUGGAGACGGGCAAAGAGCUGUGGACGUGGUGCGUGCAAUGGCAGGUUGAUGAAACCGCUACUCGCCAGCCAGCCGUAGCACCACACUCACCCAAGAAGCCUCGUCGUGGCGCGCCCCCAAUAACCGCCCAAGUUCGCAGAAUCGAUCCCGAGCUGAUGCAUCAGGAGGAUAUGCUGCGUAUAUUGGUCGACAUCGUCCAGGUCAACAGCACUGUGGUGCCAAAUUUUAUCGAGUUUCUAUACCGAUGGAUCGACUUCUACGAGGGAGAUGGAAAGGCCUUGAACGCGGCUCUGUAUGGAGAAAUUCCAAGCUUAUGGGACUUUGAAUAUCAUCCGAUUCUUGUUCCUGAGGACGUUAAAAAGAAAUUAGACGAGGCAAACAGUAUCACAAGAGACGGGAAGGAAUAUGGAACAGGAAUCAAGACACCAAAACACGCCAACGCAGAAGAGCUCGCUCAAAAUUCGCCCACCAAGAAGAUGCGUCAAAAGCCCGAUUUGGCGACAUUUGAGCGUAAGUUGGAAGAAAGUGAGCGUCUACAGUAUCACGAAGUACAUUUCGGCAUACAGCCUCCGAAGCUCAACGAGCCUCUGCCGCCUCUUAUCAAUAUUCCUCGGGACCGGGUCAAACGAGCGAAGUACCACGCUGCUUGCUUCAAAUCACGCCAACGCGCCCUUUACCUGCUCAUGGAAGCUGGGGUUACUCCGCAACAGUUGAAAGAUUACAAGAGGUGUCAGACAAUGAGUCUGAAAGACACGCCAUCGCGCGAGGGAGCACAUGGCCUCGAAAACUACGAGAAAGAUGCGAACCUUGCGCAGAUGAUUCAUUCAGCCAAAGAGAAACAGAGAGUAAAGCAGAUGGAAAUUGCCAUCAGCAACAAGUUGGCACACGAGGCUCAGCUUGCUGGUCACAGCACUAUUUCCGCAGGUUCGUCUGGUGUGCCUCUCAUCCCUAUCAUGCCCCCAACCAUUCACAGUCUGGAUAUAGCUGGCCAAAUAUCACGUGAGAUUCAGCAGACUAAGGAUGAGAGAAAUCAGAAGAUCAACAUCGUUCCUGUACCACUUGUGGCUAAGAUGAAAAGCCUGCUUUUCAAAGGCGCAAUGGACAGAGCAGCCUUACUAGAGAUAUGCGGGCCUGAUGGGCGGUUAGCAAGCCCACCUUCUUCUGUCGAUACUGAUGGCCAUGGGUCGAAGAACGAAGAUGAAGGCAAUGGGAGCACCGAUGGAGACUCAAAUGAUGACAUCAGUGCCUCUGGGGACGGAUUGUGUACACUACCUAGACCAGUACUACCGCCGGUCUCAACGCUCCCUCUUCCAAAUCUACCACCGCCAUCGCCUUCUUAUCCUCGACCAUCUGUUCUGAUAGCAUCUCGAUCUUCAAACAUAACUGUGCCACCACCACCCGGAUUUGAACACGAUGGUCCUUUUAUCUCUGGAAACAUGCCCCCUCCGCUCGGACCUCCACCGCCGCCGCCGGCGGCCUACCCCUCUACUAAACCUCAAUCUGAUACUUACAGCUCAAAUCUGCCUCAACGAAUUCAGACAUCACCGUCUUAUCCGGUUGGAUCUGAAUUCUCUACUCCUGCGCCACCACCAAAUUUCGCGCAGCGCCUUCUAGCCCUGGGUCAUGCUACUAGCCUUCAUCAGGGACUUCGUAAUACUGGGCCGACAUUACUACGAGAACCAGACAUGUCAGCUCCUAACAGCCCAGGUAGUCAGUACAGAUCAGCCCAAGAGCGUCAACAGUGCUCUCGUACGCUCUCUUUACUUGAUUUUCCCUGCUCGCUCCCUCCCCACGCCAGUAUGCAGCGUAUCACUCCAUCCCCACUCACACUUCGACCACCGCCCUCUCCACUUUCGUCCCUAGCACCAAGCUUGCUAGCCACCUCGCCUUUUACCACCUCUCAUAAUGGCAUUCCAGUUCAGAUCUUUUUGCCCAGAAUCCUCAUCCCCUCUAACACCAUUGGUCCAGGCGGAAUGAAACUAGGCAACAGUGGCUGUGCCGAAACAGAUGCUUUUCUUCUCGGAUAUACGCACCCUAUAAGCGGGAAAAUCACUCUUAGUCGCGCCGUCUUCUUACCUUUGGGUGUGUGGAUCAAUGCGCAGGAUAGGGUGCGAAAAGGCAAGUACAAAGUAUUGGAGAGCUACAUAGCACCGAAGAGAGAUACUUCAGUCUCACAUCGUGCUGUUUACGAGAGGGUGAGACAGGCUUAUGAUCUUAUGAAGACGGGAUCGCCGGCAGCGAGAGAGUGGGAAUUGACGAAGAGGUGGAGGGCUAGUAGGGGGAGGAUGAAGGAGACCCAGAGAGGUGCGGUCUGGGAAGGUUGGGCUGUGGAUGUUGAUAGGGAGAUUGCGAUGAGUAAGGAGGAUAGGACGGGUGCGUUUGUGCAAGAUGCGUUGAUCGAUGGAAUUGAUGAAGAUAGCGAGGAAGUCAGAAGGAGGAAGGAGAUUGACGAAUUGCUUGAGACAGACGAAGCAUGGGAUUAUGGAGAGGAUGAGGAUGUGCAUAUGCACGGCUAG